UUUUUUUUUUUUUAUGUUUAGUUGGUCCAGUGAGUUGUUUUCAAGUUGUUUUUUUAGUUAUUUUUCCAAAAAACCGUAUUUUCGUAAUUAUGAAACUUUGAAAAUCGUAUUUUUGAAAACUUGAGUGCGUAUUUUUUUUUUUAAAAUAAGAACGGUACAAAAGUAAAAAAAAUGUGUAUUUAAGAACAAAAAUCUUUUUCUAAUAUAUAUAUAUAUGGAAAAGUUCUCAAUGGUUAUUACCCACACAUGGGUACCUAGAUAAAUGUGCAAAUAUGCUGACAUGUCAUGUAGGUGACUUGGUACAUCAAGUUACCAACAAGUAAAGAUUCUUUUUUUUUUAGCAUAGAUUCUUUUUUUUUUUUGCAUUAAUUUCGAAAUUGGCUUUUUUUUUUUGGUCAUUAGGAAUGGUGAUUCCAACCAAUAAGAGGUCAAAAUUGCUUUUAGAUCGCGCUCGUCGGUAUAGAUCUCCUAUGAAAAGUUUGGAGUCGUCCUCUUCAAUGUUCGAAAGUAGAACUCGGCGUUGUCUUCAUAGUGAAUCUUAUUGUUCUUUUUGUAAGGAAUACGAAAACCAUGUAUGUGUAGAUGAGGUAGACCGUGAUGUUCCUAUCCUACCAUGGAGUUUUGUCAUACCUGAUGAAGAUGGUGAUGCAAUGACUAUUAAUAUACCAUCAGAUGUAAACAAAGGGAACCUUCAAAUUCCAGACCAUGUAAAAUGUGUAUGUAUUAUUAUUAUUUUUUUAUUAUUAUUUUAAUUAUUUUUGAAAUUUUAUAUUAGUUUAUUUUUUACAGGUUGGGGUGGCAAAAGUAAAUGAUUUGCUCACAAUGGUUGUUGGUUUGCAAAAUAUUUUAAUUACAAAGAUCCUUGAAUCUAGAGAUAGGUUAAAUGGUUUAAAUAAUAUUAUCCAUCAACUUCGUCGUUGUCUGGUUGGUAUAUCUUAAUUAAUUUCAAAAUUUUACAGUAUGAAACAUUAUCUGGUUGGUAUAUGUUUAUCUAAUUUUAUUUAUUUAUUUAUUGUUUUGUACAGCAACUAUGUGAAGCAUCUCAAAUAUCUGAAGACCGUAGUCAAGAUAUCAUUGAUAGUAGCAAUGUAAUCAAUAAAUAGGGAGAUGUGGAGGAGUAAUUUGGUUUACUUUUGUAUUUUUAUAUUGUUGAUCGAAAUAAGUUUGUUUAAUUUCCAAUGUAGCAUUUUAAAUAUUAUUUGGUGCAAGUAUAUGUAAUUUCCAAUGAACU